AUGCGGAGGCUGCUAUCGACUCUCCGAUUCCAUCACGCCCGGCUAUUGGCGGCGGCUGCCGAGCUCCCCGCCCCGGGACAUAGGGCACUGCCGCCUGGCUGGGGGGAGCGGCGGGCAGCGGCGGCCGCUUGGGUGUUGAGCUCGGGCCGCUCCAUGGCGCAGUGCGGGGGCGUCGCAGCGCCCUCACCCUCCCCGGAGGAGGCGCAGGGGUCGGGGGCAGCCGCCGGGGACCCUCCCCCCAGAGCCGGCGAGUCCCUGGAACAUGAUGGGCUGGAAAAUGUGCAGGAAAAAAAAAUCAUUCCAAAGAAAAAGAAAAGAACAAAAAUAAGAAAAGGGUCACAAACUCCUCCUGACUCUAUGGAUUAUUUGAUGGCAGAAAUACCAUUUGCCAGUACAGAUACUGGAGAUGAAUUUGGCAUUACUAGUACAUUUGAAAUAUAUUUUAAAAAGAGGAGAAAAAGAACUACUAGAAGGAAGACUGAAGAAGACGAUCAAACAAAGAAGAAAAAGCAAGAUCAGCCAAACUAUUUCAUCUCUCUUCCAAUUACAAACCCAAAGAUUACAAGGGGUAUUCAGGCUGUCCAAGAUAUAGUUGUACAAAAGGAUCACAGACUUUCCCAAGCAAUGGUUCGUUAUGGCUCCGUACAUGUCACGCUGUUAGUGAUGCAUUUAUCCAACGAAGAAGAAGUUGGCACAGCAGUUGGUGCUCUUUUAGAAAGCAAAGAUGCAAUAGAAGAACUCCUACAAGGAAAACAUUUGGAUUUAUCAUUUCAAGGAAUUGAUGAUUUUAGAAAUGAAGUUGUAUUUGUGAAGUUUGCAGCGAGUCAUCAUACAGCCGUGCUUACGGAGAUAUCAGAGACCAUGAAGAAGAUAUUUCAAGAAAAGGGCAUCUUGGCAGGAGAAAACAGAGCUUUUAAACCUCACUUGACCUUCAUGAAGCUGUCAAAAUCACCAGAGCUACGUAAGCAGGUGAAAAAAAUUGACCCGCACCUGUAUGAGAAUUUUAAAAGCCACUAUUUUGGAGAUGAAACCCUGUACCGCCUAGAUCUUUGCUCCAUGUUGAAAAAAAAACAACCCAAUGGCUACUACCACUGUGAGUCCUCUAUCACGGUUGAAAAUCUGCAUGAAGAUACUGUGAUGAACAUUACACGCUCCAGCGCAAGGCACUCACCUCCUGCAGUCAUCAACGUAAUCAUCUUGACGUGGAAAAAAUUCCCAUUUUGCAUAGUAAAUACAGCUUCUCAUCUUACACUGCCAGUUUCCAUGCUGCUCAGAUGCAAAAGCAAACGGUUGGACCACUUCACAUGUGUCAGAAAGAAGAGGGUCAAGGAGCUCAAUGAAUUGAGAAAACAGUGA